AUGGCUUUCUUUUUUAAUCGAGGCCGGUCACGGCAACCAGCAGAUGUUGCUCGCUCUACCAAAGAAUUGCUUUUGAGAAUUCAAGAGACUCCCAACAUGCCCAAGGCCGAAGAGGAGCUAGCAAAACAACUUAACCAUAUGAAAGUGGUAGUCCAGGGAACACAAGAGGUCAACACAUCACCGGACCAGGUCCACGCCCUCGUACAAGCAACCCUCCAAGAAGACCUUCUCUACGAUUUAUCGCGCAUGAUCCACUUGCUUCCCUUUGAAGCUAGAAAAGAUACCCAGACCAUUUUUUCCCACAUUCUUCGUUUCCGACCUCUUAAUUAUGCGCCGGACAAAGACCCGCCUGUUAUUUCAUACAUCGUCCACCAUCGACCCGAGGUCCUGGUUGAGCUAUGUCGGGGUUAUCAUCAAAGCCAGAGUGCAAUGCCCUGUGGGGUAAUAUUGCGAGAGGCACUCAAGUUCGAUGUCGUUGCUGCAGUGGUGUUAUAUGAUCAGUCUCAUGAUGGGGAACCGGCAGUACGACUCUCCGAUUUGAAGCCAAACCUUCCCCAGAAAGGCGACGGCAUUUUUUGGAAUUUCUUUGAUUGGAUUGAUAAGAGCAACUUUGAAGUCAGCGCAGACGCAUUCACGACAUUCCGAGAGAUUCUUACCCGACAUAAAAAUCUUGUGACGGCCUAUCUGGCCACCAAUUUUGAAUUGUUUUUUGGGCGAUUCAACGAUAUACUUGUGCAGUCGGACUCUUAUGUGACAAAGCGUCAAAGCAUUAAGCUCCUCGGCGAAAUCCUGUUGGACCGUGCGAACUACAAUGUCAUGAUGGCUUAUGUGGAAAGUGGAGAUAACUUGAAGCUAUGUAUGAAGCUCCUGCGGGACGAUCGCAAGAUGGUGCAAUAUGAGGGGUUCCACGUUUUCAAGGUGUUUGUAGCUAACCCGAACAAAUCGGUGGCCGUGCAACGUAUUCUCAUUAAUAACCGGGACCGGCUAUUGCGUUUUCUCCCUAAAUUCUUGGAGGAUCGCACUGAUGAUGACCAAUUUACGGAUGAAAAGAGUUUCCUUGUUCGACAGAUUGAGCUUUUACCUAAAGAACCUGUUGACCGGAGACCAACCCGAGAUGCACAAUCCGGAGCCAACACGACUGCUGUGGCUUAA